AUGCCGACGAAUACUAAAACAAUGUGGACAAAGAUUAAAGAUAAAUUUAGUUUGCCGCAAAAGCAAAUAACAUUAUCUGUUCAUUCAACUUCUUGUAAUUCACUUAAACUAUUUGAUACACACCACGAUAAUAAAGAUGUAUUAAUAGAAAUAGAUCAACAGGAUCACACUAUUCAUGUAACAUCUUCAUCACUAGAGCCACAUUGUCCAAUAUUUACUCUUUCCAUUGGAAUAUUUGAUAUAUUAGUACUUCUUGUUUUAUAUAUUGUGCAGGAAGGAACCGUAAUAACAUCUGAGACAUGGAUAAAAAUGGGUUGCAAAUAUGUUCCUUGUAUGAAACCAUUGUAUUCUAAAGCAGAACAGGAAAUGUAUAAUGCUGGACUUAAAUCUCGAUGUCAAUCUUUCCUUUUUCCUUAUCAAUUUUUUCGCUUUUUUACUCCAAUAUUUCUUCAUGGUGACAUAACUCAUCUUUUAAGUAAUCUUAUUUAUCAAGCUUUGGUUGGAACUCUUUUGGAAGGAAAAUAUGGUAAAAUAACAUUAGGAAUAUGCUAUAUUUUAUUUGGCUUUAGUGCAAAUGUAAUGAGUUCAUUGUGUAAUCCAAAGAGUAUAUCUCUAGGAGCAUCAGGUGCCGUUUAUGGUCUAUUAUUCUUUUGUAUUAUCGACAAUACUUUAAGGAUAUUUACUAUUACUAAUAUUCAAGACAAAAUCAUUCAGUUUCUAAUAACACUUCUCGUCAUUCCAUAUUUUAUAUUGAGUAUAUUUCUUGAUGUUGAUUCUUCGGGUCAUGUUGAUCAUGCAGCACAUAUUGGGGGUGCAAUUAUGGGUGUAUUAGUCGCUAUAUUUUUAUGUGAUAUGCCAGCAUUUAUCACAACUAGAAUUUCAAAUGGAAAAAAACGAAUUCAAUUAAUUGCAUUGAUUUUAAUUAUUGGAUAUUUUGUUAUUACAUUAAUGAUCUUUUAUUUAUUUAUACCGGUUCAUCUUAAAUAA